GAGAAUAGAUAAUCGUCAUCAUAUGAGUAUAACGAACCUUUGUAAUAACUUACUGUAAAUUUUGAACGAACAUUUUACAUUAUUUACAACAAUAAUUAGUUUAUCAAAGGAAUAUUAUAAGAUCUUAAUAUAUGUGUUGACAACGUUCAAAUAGACUAGCCGGGCUUACAUGUAUCUUGUGAUGCCGCGCCGUCAGUUGUCACUGUUCAUGUUAUUAAAGAUGUUACGUCUAACUUCGAUGUUGAUUGGCGUGAAGAUGUCCCAAGUCGGAUUUGUUCUUCUCCUCGCAGAAAUAACGAGCGCCCAACUUCAAUUCUGUCGUGACCAAGUGAAGACCGCCGAACUCGGAUUCACUAGACCCGUUGAGGAGAGAAAUCUCAUUGACUUUGCCGUCCACGCCAAAUACAAAGAUCUCCAUUGUUGUGCGGAAGGAUACGCUACCUUACAGUGGCACUUCAAUGGUGAACCAUUUCCCUGGGAGAGACAAGGACGAAUAAAGCUGGAGAAUAACAACCAGACAUUAGUCAUUAAGGAUACAUAUUUAGAAGACGCUGGGCUGUAUACGUGUAGGGGCGUAGCUUCUAGGGACGUGGCCUCUGGAGCCGACGUUAUAUCGCAUGCAGUCAACCUCACUGUCUUAGAAUUCGUUGACUACACUGGACCACCCCUCGUGUCAGAGGAACCACGUGACGUAGUAGCCCUCCCCGGGGCGAACGUCACGUUUUAUUGCGAGGCAUACUUUGGAUCUAUUAGGAGAAAAAGUGUUUACUGGUUGAAAUAUUACAACGGUAGUAUUCAAUUUGCGGGAAAUUUGCCAAGACAUAGAGAAGUGUCCGUAAAAAAAUAUGACUCUUUAAUAGUUGGAGCAUAUUUACAUGUUGAUGAUGUCAACUUAGACGACUACAACGCCACCUAUGAGUGCCGAAUGACAAGGGGGAGACGGAGAGAUAAAGUUUAUUUUAAUGCAUCAAUUAUCUAUGGAGACCCUGAUGCCACGGAAAUCAUUCGCUCUGUAAUAUCGGAUCCUGGUGGUUUCAAACCAGCUGUGAUCACGGUGGCUUGUCUUUUCGCUGUAGUGGCCUUUGUCUGCCUUCUAGGAUUCAACUACAGGUUGGAAAUACAACUCAUCGUUAAGAGCCAAUUGCAAACUGGAGAACCUCUAGAGGACAUGUGCUACCACAUGUUUGUGGCUUACGACCACAAAUCUGAUGAUGACCAAGAGUUUGUGGUAACUGCCAUGUUGACUGAACUAGAAGAGAAAUGUAAUUAUAAGAUGUGUAUAAUUGACAGGGAUUUUGGAGCGGGAGAAACUCUUGCUGAUGAAUAUUUACGAUGUAUCCAAGCGAGUCAGCACUUCAUAGCUCUGAUUACACCGAGUUUCCUCAAAAGCGGUUGGUGCGACUUUGCGCUUAAAGUAGCACUAGAACAUCAUAGACAAUGUACAUUCCUUGUGUAUAAACCUAUCGAGAACUGGAACGAUUACUUGGAGAGGGCAAGUACUAAAUCUGCCAUGAAAGUCAUUAAAACUAUAAAAUGGCCUCAGGAUGAACAACGAAGGAAGGUGGAAAUGUUUUGGAAGAGACUUAGGCUACAGCUACCUGCCUUAGCUAAGGACACACGGGUGGAACCCGAUGUAAUACUAAAUGCAGUUAAACGAAGAGAUGCCAAAUGCUGA